GGAUUUUGCUUAUUGCGCUUCCAACUUGAUAUGCCUCUUUGCUCGUUUCUUUGAUUCCGUGCCUCCAUCGGGCGGAAUACUGUACAUAGAUGAAGCGAAGCCGCAAGGAUUAGGAGUGGGCUCGCGGUCCGUCGGAGUAUCGUUCCAGAGAGGCGGCGGUUUGUGACGCCCACCCGAAAGCCUCUCGUGUUCCGUCAUUGUGAUGAUGGGGCGCGACUCCCUCGAACUCGCUCUCCCCAAGACGAGAUAAAGGCGGACGACCCAUUUCACACUCCCUCCCCCAUCGAGCCCAUCGUAGCUUGCAGCUCAUCACCCAGCCAAACACUCUCCCACUACCUACCAUCCAACAGCGCCUCUCUCAACCAUGUCCAGCGUAACAACACAACCCGCCUGGCAAGCCUUGCAAUCCCACUAUAACUCAACCGCAAAACAACUCCAUCUCCGUGAUCUCUUCGCCCAAGACCCCCAGCGCUUCUCCAAAUACCAUACUACCUUCAACCCAACAACCCUCGCUCCCUCUGUCACCAACACUCCUCUGCUGCUGCUCGAUUACUCGAAGAACAUUGUCACCGAUGAGACGCUGGAGCUGUUGUUCAAGUUGGUGAAAGACAGCAAGGUUGAGGAGUGGAGGGAUAAGAUGUUUAGGGGGGAGAAGAUUAAUACGACUGAGGAUAGGGCGGUGCUUCAUGUUGCGCUCAGGAAUAGGUCCAACAAGCCGAUUGAAGUAGACGGCGUGGACGUGAUGCCCUCUGUAAACCGGGUCCUCGCCCAAAUGGAAUCCACCUCCAACCGCAUCCGCUCCGGCGAAUGGAAAGGCUACACUGGCAAACGCAUUACGGACGUGAUCAACAUCGGGAUCGGCGGUUCGGAUCUCGGGCCUUACAUGGUGACCGAGGCGUUGAAGCCGUACGCGCAAAAGGGGCUCAAGGUGCAUUUCGUGUCGAAUGUCGAUGGAACUCAUAUUGCGGAGGUGUUGAAGACGUUGGAUCCGGAGACGAGUGUGUUUAUUGUGGCGAGUAAGACUUUUACGACUAUUGAGACGAUUACGAACGCCACGACGGCCAAGGAGUGGUUUUUGGAGAGUGCUAAGGAGAAAUCGCACGUGGCAAAGCACUUCAUCGCUCUCUCCACCAACGCCUCUGCCGUAACCUCCUUCGGCAUCGCCGUUGAAAACAUGUUUGAAUUCUGGGACUGGGUCGGCGGCCGCUACUCCCUCUGGUCCGCCAUCGGCCUCUCCAUCGCAAUCUACGUCGGCUACGACAACUUUGUGCAGCUGUUGUCAGGCGCCCAUGCGAUGGACGAGCAUUUCAGAACGGCCAAGCUGGAGGAGAAUAUUCCGGUUAUUCUGGCUGCCGUCGGGCUGUGGUAUAAUAACUUUUGGGGCGCGCAGACGCAUGCCGUGUUGCCGUAUGAGCAGUAUUUGCAUCGGUUUCCGGCGUACCUCCAGCAGGGCGACAUGGAAUCCAACGGCAAAUCCACCACCCGCUCCAACACCGCCAUCACCGACUACACCACCGGCCCCAUCAUCUGGGGCGAACCAGGCACCAACGGCCAACACGCCUUUUACCAACUCAUCCACCAAGGCACCAAGCUCAUCCCCGCCGACUUCCUCGCCGCCAUCCACACCCACAACCCUAUCUCGAACGGCAAACAGCACCAAAUCCUCCUCGCCAACUUCCUCGCGCAGACUGAGGCGCUCGCUCGCGGUAAGAACGAGGCUGAAGUCGUUGCGGAAUUGAAGAAGGCGGGUGUGGAUGAGAAGAGUCCGCAGUUUGAUAUAUUGAGGAUGCAUAAGCAGUUUAGGGGAAACCAUCCCACGAACAGCAUUGUGUAUGAGAAGCUGACACCCUUUGUGCUUGGAUCGCUGGUGGCGAUGUAUGAGCAUAAGAUUUUCGUGCAGGGGAUUGUGUGGAAUAUCAACAGUUUUGAUCAGUGGGGCGUGGAACUCGGCAAACAGCUCGCAAAUGUCAUCCUCCCCGAACUCACGGGCGCCGCUACAUCUUCCUCCUCCGAGGGCAAACACGAUGCGAGCACUGCCGGUUUGAUUGGGUAUAUUUUGAAGGCGGGGAAGGGUGGCAAGGCGUGAAGUUCUGUUGACGGAUGAGGGGUGGGUGAAGCCACCCUUUCUUGAAGGGUGUUUUGUAUGUACAGCAUUUGGGAAAUGAAGAGAUAUUCGUUUUUGCGGAGUGACCGCCUUUCGGCUGACCGUCCUGGUUUGAUUCACAUGGGACUGAGAAUAUGAU